GUCGUCGGGUGCUUGCGAAAAGUUGAGUCGAGUGAUUUUUUUUUCUUCUGAAGCGAAAAAUUUCUGCAAUCGACGAAGAAAGAUUGCCACAAAGAUUGGGAGCUGUCAUCAGGAGAAUUGACUGAAGCGGAUCCUCGUCGUCGUGUUGAAAACGGACAACACCCCCCACAGGACGGGAAUCGGUGCAUCUGUUUUCAGCAGUAGCAGCGGUGUAAUUAUCUGCUCUCGCUCAAUUAUUCAUCCAUCAAUCGCGCGGCGACGACGACCUCGUCCAACUCUCGAUUACCCGGAGUAGAAUCAUUACAGUGUCCGAGUGUCUAGAAGAAAUAGGAAGAAAGGGUUCCUCGCGAGUUACGGGGAGAGGAAGAGGGUCAAGUGUCAGUUCCUUUUAAAGGGGUUUUCCAAGUGCUGGUUUUUUGGUUGAAAGAAGAAGGAGGAGGACGACGAAAGGGGUGAAGUGCGUGCGGUUUGUUCUGUGCGGGAGGGGAGGAACUUUGAUUUUCACCCAGUCUAGGACGUAGAGGUAGAGGGAGAGUUUGCUUAUUGGAUUAGAAGAAGAAAUUUUCGCGUGUCAGCUGGAAAAACGAUUCUGUUGACUUUGCAGCGCGCUGGCGACACAUUGGAGGCAAUCAAAACAAUAUCAUGAUGAACGAGGAAACGGCCCCUAGUAGGAAUGUGGUGUCACAAUUCUUCAAACGGAUUUCGCAGCUAUACCAGCUUCAGUUGGACCGAUGGACGCCACACACCAGGCUCCGGUGGGCCGGAGCAAUCGUUCUAGUACUUCUCUUCAUGCUACGAGUAUUCACCAAACAGGGUUGGUACAUUGUCACGUACGCCCUCGGGAUCUACCACCUGAAUCUGUUUAUUGCGUUCCUCACGCCGAAGAUCGAUCCGGCCUUGGACCUGGACGACGACCAGGGCCCUGAGCUGCCCACCAAAGCGAACGAAGAAUUCCGGCCGUUCAUCCGACGGUUACCGGAGUUCAAGUUCUGGUAUGCCAUCAGCAAGAGUACGGUCAUCGGGAUCAUCUGUACCUUCUUCGAGGUGUUCAACGUCCCGGUGUUCUGGCCGAUAUUGGUCAUGUACUUCAUUACGCUGUUCUGCAUCACCAUGAAGCGGCAGAUUAGGCACAUGAUCAAGUACCGGUACCUGCCGUUCACCCACAGUAAGCCCCGCUACCAGGCGGUACCGACGGAAAAGUGACAAUUAAAAGCACAAACCUUGCCAUCAUCAUCCGUUUCUUCGUCUUCGUCGUCGUCGUCGUCCGCUUCAUCGGAGGUUGCCAUUUCGGCGUCUGCCGUGUCGGUACCAUCAGCAACAGUAGCAGCAGCAGCAGCUUCAUCCGGUCCCUCCACCACGCCGGUCCUGGUACCGUUGAUUACGACCGUCUAAUAGGAAAACAACAACAGUGGCGUGGCAACAUGAAAACUUGGAAAAAGUCUAGGGCCUGCGGAUGGAUUCGCGGUGGAUUUCUUGUUUGAAUUCAUGAUCAAGUUAAUUUUUUUUUUCAUUCGAGCGCACUACCCCAAUUUACCAAAAAAAAAAUGAAAGGGCUUAUGAUUUGGUUCGAUUUUGCAUAGUUGCUUCGAUUAUAGGUUGUUUUUCAGUUUACUGUGA